CCUCUCCCAUCUUCAGCCAUGGCUACCGCUCCAGCAACGACGAUGCAGCACAGCACGGUCAACGAAUCCAAUGCUCUUGUUGGCAGUGCUGUCAACGCUACGAAUGGGGGGAGCGGAGACCCUGAGACCUUCGCACAAGGCAUGGCCAAGUUGCACUCUUCGAGCUUCAAAGCUCGGCGUGCGGCCCUUGGCAAGUCGGUACCGGUCACCUCUACCAGCAAGGGCUCCCCGACCAAGAGCGUGACUCUCAAAGCCAACUUCGCGCACGCACCAAGCAGUGAACAUGCCAGUCCUCCGACAUCCCAGCUGCCGUUCAUGAACAUCACCCCCGAAAGGAUCGGCAAAUGGUACACACUCCUUAAAGCUGUCGCCGUCCAGAUAAGCUACAUGAUCUUCGCCGGUACUGGCUUUCUGCUCACCACCUGGGCGCGUUGCAUCCUCGUGAUACCGAACAUCAUCUUUCAGCCGGUCAACUUCUUCAGCAUGCUCCUGUUUGCCUUUGGCGCAUCUGCAAUGCUCUUUGUGGCAGCGGGGUUCGCACUGCUCGGCUUUCUUCCGAUUGUUGGACCAUUAAUACAGAAGCUGGUAGACUAUGUCAUGGUCGGCCCAUACGGACCGGGCGGCGUCAGAUCGGCAGUGUACUAUAAAGAAUUUCCUGAAGAGCUCAAAGCCAGUGCCCUGAACGUCUUGUCGUCGCCAGCGGAGCCGGACUUCGAGACAAAGACCAACUCAGAAGAGCCGAGGACCAUCUACUUGGAUGUCACAAGAUACUUGUCCGCUCUCUGCGCAUUGGUGUACUUGCGAGACUCGAAGAAGUAUGCCGAGAGCCUAGUAGAAGAGGUGCCUUCUAUUGACGACUGUCCAGAGUAUGACUGGGCGAUCAGAGACAUUGCCCGGGAUCAUCUACAGCUCGAGUAUGUGGCGCUUUGCGAGCUGCCUUCACGACAUGCCUCUCCUCAACGGCCCUCGACGGCUUCUGUAGGUCUCUUCUACAGCAAGACCAAUCCAACCUUUAUCAUUCUGGCUUUCAAGGGCACCACUCCCACCUCUUUUCCAGACUGGCUAGUAGACUUCACCUUUCCCUACCUGCCGGCCAAUGCAGAGCUGGAUGCCUAUGGUAGCGUUCAUGAAGGCUUCUACCGCGCUUUAUUCCCUCGAGAUGUACGCGCCUGGGCUGACGUUGCAGAAGAUGGACCUUGGGACUUGAUGCGCAAGGGCAUUAGGGAGACGGUGUGCGAGCUUGACAAGCUGCAGCCAGAGGGUGGCAAGAGAGACAUCAAUGUCUGGGUCACAGGUCACUCCCUCGGGGCUGUCCUAGCUCAGAUGUUCUUCGCAAAGGCUCUGCAAAGCGAAGACGAGUGGGUAGUGAAAGUCGGAGAGGCUGAGAGAGGAUCCUCCAAUGCCAAUGGCGGAGAGAAGAAGGGACGAUACGCAAAGGCAAUCCUGCGCGACUCGUAUACCUUUGGAACUCCCAUAUUCGGCGACGUCUUCUCCCGUGGGAGCUUCAACAAUGCUCUAUUUGCUCCCAAGAAGGGUCGAAGGCACGAUGUAUGGCGGUUUGUAAAUCAUGCCGACAUCGUCGCUACUGGUCUGCCCGACUUGGGGGACCAGUCGUACAGCAAAGGUUGGCUGCCUGCCGCCAUUUCCACCGCCUCAGACACCGGUGGUCUUGGCGGAUUGAACCAAUUCACUUUCACCCACGUGGGUGAGGAGGUCACGCUCAAGGGCGGCAGUGAUAGCUACGUGGGACCAGGCACGCUGUGGCCAUGGGGUACGAAGAUCGUCAUCAAGGGCGGCACAGAUCAAAGGGAUCCCUAUCGUGUGCGGCCGUAUCUUGCUUCGGUGCCCAAAUGGCUGGUCGCUUUACAGCACGUGCCGCUCUUUGGUAGAAUCCUGGCACACUCACCAAUUCUGUACGCCUACCAGCUGGAGCAGUGCAGUGCCGCGGCGGCCGACGGAGAGGGUGAGGCGCUGACGUGGGCCACAGACUUCUGGUGGAGCCCCGCUGUGGAUCGUUUCUUUGUUCGCUGAGAGUGAGCGAUUGCCGGUCUUUGUCUUUUAGUACAAUAUUUACUGAAGCAAUGGGUGCUUGUGGUGUGAGAUGUCAGUGUCAGAAGGAUGAAGCGACAUGUGCUGGCGCGAGGCAAAAAGAAAAGAGGAGCA